CGUAUGGCGAUUUGCAAAGCUAGAAAAUAAAAGUUGAUUUUUAGUAGUUUAGUGCAUUUGGAUAUUUGCAUUAUUAUUUAUUUUUCUUUUUUAAAUUUAAUGAAAAAAAGAAAUCGUUGUUGUAUGAAAACAAUUUGAAAAAACUAUUGUAUUACUGAAUUGCGAAACUAUUUACAAAUACCUCUCACUGAUUAGACAAGAUACAGCGGGAAGAAUAGAGUAAGAACGAAGCCGCCAGAAAUAAGAUUGCGAAAAUGAGUGAUAUAAUUUAUCCUCAAGGCUGCAAGCCUUUAGUUGAAGACUUAGGAGCUGAUGAAUUAAUACGACGCCUGAAGACUUUGACACACACAUUGCAAGCUAUGGGCCAAGACGAUGGACUGUAUCAACAAUAUAUACCUCUAGCAUUACAUUUGGUUGAUGAACACUUUUUGCAACAUCCUUCUAAAGAUGUUCAGUUAUUAGUAGCAUGUUGCAUAGCUGACGUUUUAAGAGUUUAUGCACCUGAAGCACCUUACAAAGAUCAAGAAAAAAUAAAGGAAAUAUUUUUAUUUCUAAUCAAACAAUUAAACGGGUUAAAGGAUCCAAAAGAUCCUGCCUUUAAACGAUAUUUCUAUUUAUUGGAAAAUUUAGCAUACGUAAAAUCAUUUAACAUGUGUUUCGAAUUAGAAGAUUGCCAAGAUAUAUUUUGUAAACUUUUUCAGUUAAUGUUUAAAAUAGUAAACGAUGAACAUAGUGGCAAAGUAAAAACUUUUAUGUUGGAUAUAUUAAGUCCAUUAAUAACAGAAUCUGACAACGUAUCAUUUGAAUUGCUUGAUGUUAUUUUAAUCAAUAUUAUAGACCCAAAUACGGGACAAAAAAAAAAUGCAUAUAAUUUGGCAAAAGACUUAAUUAUAAAAACAAGUGAUACGCUGGAAGCUUACAUCAAACUUUUUUUUAAUCAAGUUUUCAUUUUGGACAAAGUUGAUCGAAACCUACAAAUCACUGCAAAAGUAUAUGAUUUAAUAUAUGAGUUAAAUGUUAUUAGUCCAAAAAUCCUUUACUUCGUAUUACCUCAACUAGAGUGCAAACUAAAAUCUUCAGAUGAAGCUGAAAGACUAAAGGCAGUAUCGCUGUUGGCACGUAUGUUUUCCGAAAAAAAUUCUACAUUGUCAAAAAGACACGGGCAACUAUGGCGACAAUUUGUAGGAAGAUUUUGCGACAUUGCUGUAGCUAUUCGUAUCAGAUGCGUCCAAAGCUCAAUGCAUUUUCUUUUGAAUCAUCCAAAUCUAAGGCGUGAUAUAAUAGAAACUUUGAAAGCUCGUCAGCAUGAUUCAGAUGAAAUUGUAAGGCAAGAAGUUGUUAUUUCAAUUGUUGAAACUGCAAAAAGGGAUUAUCACAUUGUGUCUGAAUCGAAAGAUUUAUUAGAAAUUGUCAAAGAACGUACUUUAGAUAAAAAGUUCAAAAUACGUAAAGAUGCAAUGUGUGGACUUGCCUUCAUCUAUAAGAAUUUAUUAUCGGAUACUAAUAUUUCGGAAGACACAAAACAUGCAGUUAAUUGGAUUAAAAACAAAAUAUUACAUGGAUAUUACAUGACAGGAAUAGAAGAUCGGUUGUUGGUGGAACGUCUUCUCAUUACAAGUUUGGUGCCAUACCAAUUGGCUCCUAUGGAUCGCAUGAAAAAACUGUAUAAAUUAUUAGGAACAAUAGAUGACAAUGCGACAAAAGCUUUUAUAGAGUUACAGAAAAAUCAAAUGAAAAUGCGAAAAUCUGUGGCAGAUUGGGUGAAAUUGCACAACGUUAAAGAACAAUCACCGAAAUUACACAAAGAAAUGAACGUUAAAUGUGCAGCCAUUUCAAAACUGUUACCAGACCCGAUCAAAUCGUUAGAGUUUUUAACUAAAUUUAGUGCACAUAUGAAAAAAGACCCUGAACUAUUAAAAGGAAUGGAAACUAUUCUGCGAAGAGAUGUUUCGUGCAAAGAAUGUGCUGACACAAUGCAAAUUGUACUGAAAAAAAUGGGACAGCCCAUUAUGACAAAUUUGUAUUACAAUAUAGUAAAAAUGUUAUUGGAGCGAAUAGCUUCCGUUAUGGUAGAUAAAGAUUCUAUUGGGGUGUUAGUAGAAUUGAUAGAAGAAUGUAUGAAAGGUGGCGAGGUUAUACAAGAAGUAGGAAUACCAUCUGAAUCUGCCGGAGAACGUGGACUUAAGCUUCUUACGGUUCUCUCGUAUAUUUUUUCCGCGCAUUUUCUUCACGAAUCGAUACUAAAACACAUGGUAAGCCUUCUAGGUUUGGAAAUUGAUUAUGCUGCACCGUAUAUUCUAAAAGCUUUUACACAUUUGGGAAGAUUUAAACCCUUAAUUGAAACGCACCCAAGCAUACUUGAGGAAUUAGUACCGGUUUGUAAAGAAUUUGCCUUAUCAGGAACACCAAAGCAAGCUAAGCAUGCUGUUAGAUGUGUUUAUGUUAAUACACAAAAAUCAGAUGAAGAAACUGUUAAUGAAAUAUUUCCUGAAAUUGUUGAUUCUUUUAAACAAACUUUAACGCCAGAAAAUACCAAUUUCAGAACAGCUAUUGUUUGCUUAGGUCACAUAGCCUAUAACAUGCCUCAAAAAUUUUUAACACAAAUCAAAAAUAUAAUAGCUCGUAAAAUUGUAAAAGAAUUAUUAAUACAAGAUGUAUCCGAUGACCGAGAAAACAUACCUAGUGGAGAAUGGUGUGAAGAAUCUGAACUACCCGAAGAAACUCAUUGUAAAGUUGAAGCAUUGAAAACUAUGGCAAGAUGGCUGCUUGGAUUGAAAAAUGAUGUUCCAUCAGCUCAAAAGACAUUCCGUAUGUUAAACGCUUUUAUUAAACAAAAUGGUGAUUUGUUAGAACAAGGUAGAUUAACAGCGGCUGAAAUGUCCUGGCUAAGAUUAACAGCUGGAAAAGCAAUGUUAAAAGUAUGCGAACAAAAAGGAGUUGGAGAUCAAUUUACUGCCGAACAAUUUUAUAAUUUAUCUAGAUUAAUGAUUGACCCAGUUCCUGAAGUUAGAGAAAUAUUUGCCAAAAAACUGCACAAAGGUUUAAGUAAAGGUUUACCAAACAAGUGUUUACCUUUAGAUUUUAUGGGAUAUUAUGCACUUGGUGGAAGAGAAACUGAAAAAAGAUUAUCAAAUUUAAUGAAAGGCUACAUAGAAGCUGAUGUAAAUAGAAGGAGAGAAUACGUGAAAUCUUUUGCUUCAGUUGAACGCGCCAUGAGUAGUUUACCUCAUAUUUUGCCUGAUUAUAUGCUCGUAUUCGCCGUUCCCGUGUUAACACAUGAUCCAAAUUACACCGACUAUGAAGAUCGUGCACAAUUAAAAGCAAUUGAAAAAUGCCUUUGGUUUAUUCUAGAACCCCUAAUUUCAAAUAAAGAGUUCUAUUGCGCAGGAUUUUAUAGAAAUAUUUUAGAUAGGAUAAAACACCACAAAGAUGCUUAUAAACCUGAAGAUGACAGUUACAACUUUAAAAUGUGGGCCAUAUGUGACGUCGCUAUUCACAUUAUAAAUAAUAAGUCAACAAAUUUUGGCACUAGAGAAUUUUCAGCAGAUGCAAGAAUACCCACAAUGUACUUCAAAUCACAAGGUGAUGAUUUCGUAAAUAACCGAAUCUAUAUACCUAUCGAUGUAUACACUAUGGUAAAUAAAAAACCACCAACAUCAACUUCAGCGGCAUUAGCAACUUUAAAUUCUGCAUCAGCUACUUCAAAUAAUAACAUUAACAAUAAUAAAAAGAAAAGUUUAAUAAGAUUUUCAGAUAGAAAUAGUAUUGAUCACAAAGAUGAUUCAGAGGAUGAGAGCAUGGACGAAUUAUUAGAUGAACCACCUGCUAAACGGAGAAGUAGUCCGACAUCAACUAUUCUCGGUGAUUAGCAAAAACAAUUUGCUUGGUUACAAUUAUGUUAAUUUAAAAACUAAUUUUAUUUUGUUCUUAUUUUUUAUAAGUGUUAAGUUAGUUUUUAAUAAAAAAAAGUUUCAAUUUUUUCUAGAUGAUAAUACAUUACAUAUUACAGUUUUCUUUUCUUCAUGUAUAUUAGAGUCAAUCUUUUUUAAGUACUCCUAACAUAUAAAUAUAUAAAAAAGGUUGAAAAUUUUAUUUAACAUUUUAUUUUUAUUAAUGUUUAAGAAAAGUUUAUGCAAAUGUGUGUAUUUAUAAAAACAAUUAAAUGAAACUAUUGCUAAUG